AUGGGCUAUGCACAUAACGCUCUGCCCCCGCCAAGUCAGAUCAGUGCCCUCCUCUUGCAGCCAGAAUCCUUGUCCCAUGACACUUCGCCGAGUAAAUUCGACACUGUCCCAACGGCCCAAUCUGGCCAGUCUCUGGUGGCUCCAGCCUAUGACACGAGCGGUGAUUCCGACUCAAACACUCCGAAAGGUGUCGGUCUCUCGCCAAAUCUGGUAUCUGCUUCGGCAACGCCGAGGACCCCUCGACGAAAUCGACUUCGCGUCAGUUGGGCCCUACCCACGGGCCUGCUGCAGACAACCAGCCGACUGCACCGCGCCACCAGACACGUAGGUCCUGCUUCAGUCGACGUUGAAGCCGGCCAUGCCCUGUUGCCAUACCGUCAGUUCGCAGUGUACCUGCGUCGCCGUCCACGGCAACAGGCAAGGUCGAAAGCGUCUGAUCAGCGCGGUUCAUCUGAAAAGAGUGGACUGUGGUCACAGGCGUUGUUCGAGCAGAACCCUGUUCCGAGCGACUCACAGUUGCUUGCACGUGUCCGGAAGGCAUCUGUUUCAGCGAACUCAGAUGCGCCGAACAACUGGUCGGAGAGUCAUCACCCUAAAGAAUUGCUCAUGCGGAGCUGGAGGCCGAAGAUAAGAGUCAAGAAGUCAUUCAAUUCCCUGAUUGGCGAAAGAUAUAAUGGGGCGAGUGGUGAAGUGAAGGAGCUGAAGAGUGUAUUGGCUGAAAAUUCUAAAGUGGAAGGGGUUGAACAGGCGAGGCGAAGAACUUUCGAGAUGAGUGAGGAGAACGGAAAGAGGGACGUUCAUUGGGAGCGAUGGGUCACACGUGGUCCUACAUCUGAACUCAUACUGGUAAGCCAGUGCUGGCGCUCAUGUAUUGUAGGUCAUUUCGAAUAUACCUUGCUUCCAAACACAUAA